AUGGAGAAUGAGAAUUCAGAUUACCAAGAAUCCCAGUAUCCAGAUCUGCCCGACCUACCCCAGGACAAUUUGCGACCCCUCUCCUCUCUACCUCUUCCGUAUCCCGACUUCACCCUUCCUCACGAUCGACUCCCCGCUCCAGAGCCAAACCACUACUACAACUAUUCAUCUUCGCAAGAAGAAAGCUGCCACAGCUACCCGUCUUUACAGGAGCAAACAUUCCCCUCGUACCCGGUACCUCCUAAUUACACCCAGCCCGAGCAAAGAUCUCCCCAUCCACGAUCUUCCGCCUCUAGUCUGCUGUCGAAAUUCCUCCCUGGGGUCAGCACCAUGCAUAAGAUGGACCAGCGCAGUCCGCGAAAGGUAUCGGGAUCUAUAGGCCAGCCUAUUUAUGCUGAGUCCAACAGCACUUCACCCCCGCGGUUCCAGGCGCAUUUCCAGGCGCAAUUUCAGACUCCGCCAAUUCAACCUACUCCAUACGUCGAUCUGGUGGAUAAUAAGGAGCAGAGAGCGACCCCUGUUAAGGUCGAUAGUGAUGAGGAGAAGAUCGAAUAUACGAAACCCCGAUCUCGACUUAGGGUCCGAAAUCCAGAGAAAACACCCAAGUCAUCGCGCAAAAAGGCGGCUCCUGUCAGCGGACUGGCGAAUAUCCAUUCAACCCCAGUUGUCACCAAGAGGAAUGCGAUUAGGCAGGAAAUUGCUAGCAAGACUGCGGCGUAUCGCAACAAAUUCUUUGUGGACAAGAAGGAUGUGCUACUCCCUCUCUUGCCUGCUCAGCACAACUACGUAAAGAAAUUGAUAGAGAAGGAGGAACAGAUGACACUAGAGGAGCGUGCUCAACUGCCCACGAUUACACCCUACAAGGAACUUGAGGCGCAGCCAAAGGGUAUUAUUGCCACUAUGAAGCCUUAUCAAUUGUCUGGGUUAUCUUUCAUGAUGUAUCUCCAUCACAAUGGGCUUUCUGGCAUCCUUGGUGACGAAAUGGGCCUGGGAAAAACCUUACAAACCAUCUCACUCAUCCAGUACUUGAAAGAGAAUGAUCCGAAGCAAGGCAUUGGUAGAUUGCAACGGCCAUUUCUGGUUGUCUGCCCUUUAUCUGUUCUAAGCAGUUGGAUGUCUGAGGUGAAGAAGUGGGCCCCUGGCUUGAAGGCAAUCCGUUUCCACGGUCCGGCCCACGAGCGACAACGUUUGAAGAAAAUUGUCGUUGGUCAAAUUGACAUGUACGGAAACCUCACUGCUCAAGCAAAGCAAAAGAUGAAAUCGCGUAGAAAUUCGGCCAAGGUCAUAUCACUGGAUACUGACUCGGAGGACGAAGAGGACGUUGGCGUUGAUGUGGUUGUUACUACAUACGAAUGUUUCAAGGCCGAGCAAUCGUGGUUUAAGACUGCUUUUGUAUGGAGAUAUGUUGUGCUGGACGAGGGCCACACGGUCAAGAACCAUGCAAGUCUCACAUCGAAGGCGUUGCAUGGUAUCAGGGCUGAAUAUCGUUUGAUCUUGACCGGUACACCACUUCAAAACAACUUGUCGGAAUUAUGGUCGCUGUUGCAUUGGCUUUACCCGGAAGUCUUCGUUGACAAAACAAAUGAGCUUUUCGACACUUCCUUCAAUCUUUCUAAGGGACAGUACUCCAAUACGGUGCUGGACAACUCUCGUCGUCUGCUCGAGCUCAUCAUGUUACGCCGCAUGAAGACAUCUCCAGGAGUCGACCUCAAUCUACCCCCAAAGACUGAGGUGCUCCUGUUUGUCCCACUUUCUCCUAUGCAACGCUUCUGGUACACUCGAAUGAUUACAAAGGCUGACCAAGGUCUCCUUGACGAGUUGUUCAAGGGGGCUAAGAGCAAAGAAGAGCAGAACAUGCAAUCUCUGAAGGAGAUGGAGGAACGUGACGCCGAGCUCAUGAAGAUAGAGACCGAUGCUCUGGCAGUCUUGGAGAACGAUGCGCUCAUUGGCAGCGACGCAUGGAAGGAGACCAAGGCCAUUCUGGAGCAAACCGUGCAGCGUGAGCAGGUUGAGAUCGAAGGCAAGAAGUCGGAUUGGCAGAAACUCAUGAAUUUGCUCAUGCAGCUGAGAAAGGUCUGCAACCACCCUUACCAGAUCCAGAACGCCGAGCCAGAUCCUUACCAUUCUGGUGAGCAUGUUAUCACAGCCUCUGGCAAGUUCAUUAUCCUGGAAAAGUUGGUCAACGAACUUGUGAUCAAGCAGAAAAAGAAAAUCCUGAUCUUUUCCGGCUUCACUAAGAUGCUGGACUUGGUUGAGGAAUUGCUUCUGCUGAGAGGCGGCGAUGGAACCCAUUUCCGAUCGAUGCGAAUUGACGGCUCCACUGCCCGAGCUCGUCGAAACCUGGGAAUCAGGAUGUUCAAUGAUUUGGACAGCGAGUACCGUGUCAUGAUGAUAUCUACCCGCGCUGGUGGUCUUGGUAUCAAUCUUGCCACUGCGUCCGAUGUGGUUCUGCUUGAUCAAGAUUGGAAUCCUCAAAUCACACUCCAAGCCGAGGCACGAGCUCAUCGCAUUGGCCAGAAGAAUCCUGUCACUAUUUACAAGCUCGUAUCUCAGGGUACAGUUGAGGAGCAGAUGAUGGGUCGAAUCCAGAAGAAGCUCUACCUUUCUGCCAAGGUCACGGAAGCCAUGGAGGACAUCCAUACUAAGUUCGGUACCGGCAGAAAAUCCAAGAAGGGUCCAGCCAAAGAUGGCGACAAUAUGCCUCAAUUGAACACUAACCAACUGAUGACCCUUGUCCGUCGUGGUGCCUCUGCCAUCUCCAAACCUGAGAUUGACGUUAAUGAGAUGCUAAGCUGGGAUUGGGAGACUACUGUAGCCAAGUGCAAAGACCAGCCAGCCGAUGUCAAUGUCAAGAAGGAUGCAAUUCCCGACGCCAAGGUUGAUGAAGAAGCCGAGCGCAAGUGGUUGUCCGAAAUGGAGCGUGUCGAGUCUUCGGUCUUUGAUGGCAAGAAAUUAGCUAAGGGCGCGAGACAUAACACCAAUAAGGACAUUGCCCAAGAGUUCUUCAACAAGGAGGACCGACGCAUUGGUAAGAACACCACGGUCAUGGUAGACGGUUUCGCCAUCUCCAAGGAGUCGAUGAACUGCGCCUGGGGCGAAGCUAUCCCAACCAUGGCCGGCAAGGACGCCCGUCUGGCGAACCCGAAGCGCGAAAAGAAGAAGUCACCCACACCACAAGAACAUUGCCAAAUCUGCAUCGACGGAGGUGAGCUGCACUGCUGCCAACUGUGCCCCCGGGCUUUCCAUUUCGCCUGCCUGGACCGCGAGUACCAGUCCAAAGCCAAAAGCUGGCAGUUCAACUGUCCCCAGCACCAGUGCUUCGACUGUCACCAAGGUACUCAAGACGCAGGCGGCAUGCUCUACCGCUGCCGCUGGUGCGAGCGCGCUUACUGCGAGGACUGCCUUGACUUCGAUCACACGACCCUCAUCGGCAACACGCUCAUGGAGUACGAUUUGCUCGGCUACCCGGAAGCUUCGAACGCGUUCUACAUCCAAUGCCCGCCUUGCACGGAGCAUUUCGAGGAGAACCCCAAGGAUAGGGAGUUGUGCGAGGAGCUUGCAGAAGGCAUCAAGAGCCACUACGAGGCGGAGUUUGGGGAGCAGGCACAGGGCAGCACGCGGGAGCAGAGCAUGACGGACGCGACGACCGUGGAGACGAAUGGGGUUAACACGCCAGUUGUGGUUGAGGAUGAUGAGUAUGAAGCUAACGACCAUUCGCGGAAGCGCAAGAUGAAGAUUAAGCUGAAGGUUCCUCCAGCCAAGCGGGAGCGUCUCGAUGUUUAA